AUGGCUCCUCGAGGGAAACAACAAAAGUCCAGGCCUGUAGCCUCACCACAAACUCCACUACCCAACUGGCCAGCUUUGAGCCCCAUCAUCCCUGCAGAACAUCUUUUCAUUGAGACCGUUGCAGCUGAUCAGAUCCUGGUCAUUCGAAACCUAUUCACUUCUAACCUGUGCAAGACCUUCGUGUCCUUCUUAUCAUCUCUACCACUAACCACCACUCCUGGAAAACCUAAGCGUGGUGAGGCAACUAGGGUCAACGACCGCUUUCAGAUCCAAGACCCUAUAUUCGCCAAAAGUCUCUGGGAACAGAGUGGCUUGCAGCAUCUAAUAGCCUCAUUUGAAGAGGAGAGUACUUUCAGUGGGAAAGUCCUGGGUUUAAACCCGAACAUCCGAGUUUAUAGGUAUCGGCCCGGCCAAUUUUUCGACAAGCAUUACGAUGAAAGCAAUAAAUUACAAUUUGGCGAGGCUAACAUCCCCGCCAAAACAACAUGGACUCUUUUGAUCUAUCUUACAACCUGCGAGGGCGGAGAGACUGCUUUCUAUCCCGAAUCACUGGGCAAAGGCUUGAAGACGCCAGACCCAAUAGUCGUAGGUCUGGAAGCUGGAAUGGCUCUUCUCCAUAAGCAUGGCGAUGACUGCAUGCUCCAUGAAGGAAAAGAGGUCAAGAGUGGCGAAAAAUGGGUGUUGAGGAGUGAUCUGGUCGUGCAAAGAUGA